GAGGUCACAAUUGACAAAGCUUUAAACCAGAAAGAGAAGAUACAAGAUAUACUUUAUUUGCUCCCCCCUUUAUUAAGAGUGCACAGUCUUUACUUCAAGCUAGUCUACAUUCCAGACACUGAGUCCACUAAGAAUCAUAAUGGAAAACAGCCAACCCAGCCAGAGUUUCACUCAGACACCAGCUACCCUGAGAGCUGAGACAGAAGCCCCAAAGGAGGAGAAGAUGGACAACUCAGCUGCUGUACCAGGGCGACCUGUGGCAAAGCAGGUGGAGGCCCUGGAGAAAGAGUGCUUCACCAGAGUACAAAGGGAAAGGGAUCAUAUCAAGGAGAACCAAGAGCUCAGAGAUCAUGUUGAUUCCCUGAAAAACCAGCUAGAGGCUAAAAACCAGGAGGUGAAUGCCCUGCAGGAAGAGUGUUUGAGCAGAGAAUUAGGAGAAAGUAUUAAUAGCAGCGAGAUGCAAGAGCUCAAAAUUCUUGUUGCAUCUAAAAACAACGAGCUACAGGCUGAACAACUGAGGGCUGAUGAACUCCAAAAAGAAAAGGAGGAGUUGAAAAGAAAGCUUCAAGAGAGAGACAGUCAAGACCUGGAACCAGUUGAGAGGCUGGAGCAGGAGUUGAGGGUCCUGUACGAAGAGCUCUCCAGCAGAGAAUCAAGCGAAAUGGGUCAUAACAAGGAGAAGCAAGAGCUCAGAGAGCUUGUUGCUUCUCAAAACAAAAAUGUACAGGCUGAACAAGAGAGGGCUGAUGAACUCCAAAAACAACAGGAGGACUUAAAGAGAAGGUUUCAAGAGACAGACAGUAAAAACCUGGAGCAAAUUAAGAGGCUGAAGCAGGAGGUGAAGGUCCUCAAGGAAGAGCGCUCCAGCAGAGAAUCAAGCGAAAGUUGUCAUAGAGUGGAGAUGAAAGAGCUCCAACAUCGUGUUGAAUACCUGAAAAAAAAGCUACAGGAUGAACAGAAAGAAAAGGAAGAAUUGAAGAGUAAGCUUCAAGAGAGAGACCAUCAAGACCUGGAACAAUUUGAGAGGCUGAAGCAGAAGGUGAACACCCUGCAGGAAAAGUGGUCGAGCAGUGUACUAAGGGAAAGUGGUCAUAAAUGGGAGAUGCAAAAGCUCCAAGAUCGUGUUGAAUCCCUGGAAAAACUGCUACAGGAAGAACAGACACAAAAGGAGUAUUUGGAGAGUAAGCUUCAGGAGAGAAACCAGAAAGACCUGGAAAAUGUUAAGAUGCUGACACAGGAGGUGAACACCCUGCAGGCAGAGCGCAUUAACAGUGAAUUAAGGGACAGGGGUCAUAGAGUGGAGAUAAAAGAGCUCCAAAAUAUUGUUGAAUCUCUGAAAAAACAGCAACAGGAUGACCAGAAAGAAAAGGAAGAAUUGAAGAGAAGGCUUCAAGAGAGAAACCAUGAACACGUGGAACAAAUUGAGAGGCUGACGCAGGAGGUGAACACCCUGCAGGAAAAGUUGUCGAGCAGUGUACUAAGGGAAAGUGGUCAUAAAUGGGAGAUGCAAAAGCUCCAAGAUCGUGUUGAAUCUCUGAAAAAACAGCUACAGGAUGACCAGAAAGAAAAGGAAGAAUUGAAGAGUAAGCUUCAAGAGAGAGACCAUCAAGACCUGGAACAAUUUGAGAGGCUGAAGCAGACGGUGAACACCCUGCAGGAAAAGUGGUCGAGCAGUGUACUAAGGGAAAGUGGUCAUAAAUGGGAGAUGCAAAAGCUCCAAGAUCGUGUUGAAUCCCUGAAAAGAAAGCUACAGGAUGAACAGACACAAAAGGAGGAAUUUAAGAGAAGGCUUCAAGAGAGAAACCAGAAAGACCUGGAAAAUGUUAAGAUGCUGACACAGGAGGUGAACACCCUGCAGGCAGAGAGCAUGAACAGUGAAUCAAGGGACAGGGGUCAUAGAGUGGAGAUAAAAGAGCUCCAAAAUAUUGUUGAAUCUCUGAAAAAACAGCUACAGGAUGACCAGAAAGAAAAGGAGGAAUGGAAGAGUAAGCUUCAAAAGACACACCAUGAAAACCUGGAAAAUGUUAAGAGGCUGGAGCAGGAGUUGAAGGUCCUGGAGGAAGAGUCCUCGAUCAGAGAAUUAAGGGAAGAGGGACAUAACAUGGAGAUGCAAGAGCUCCAAGAUCGUGUUCAAUCCCUGGAAAAACAGCUACAGGCUGAACAGCUGAGAGCUGACGAAAUCCAAAAAGAACAGAGGGAAUUGAAGAGUACGCUUCAAGAGAAAGACAGACAAGACCUGGAACAAGUUAAGAGACUGGAGCAAGAGCUGAGGGUCCUGUACGAAGAGCGCUCCAACAGAGAAUCAAGGGAAAUGCGGCAUAACACGGAGAAGCAAGAGCUCAGAGGUAUUGUAGCAUCUCAAAACAACAUGCUACAGUCUGAGGUGUUAAGGGGUAAGAACUUGCAGGCACAACUGGAUGAGGAAAGACAUCUGCACCAUGAAGUGUUCUACAAAGCUUGUAAUCAGAUUGAGAGUCGGAACAGAAAAGUAGCUCAUCUGCAGCAGGAGCUCAAGGAGCAGCAGGAAGAGACCCGAAGUAAAGAAACGGACUUUAAGAACCAGCUGCAAGAAAAGACCAGAAGCUGCAUGGAGAUGGCCUCCAAACUAAAGGAUCAGGAGGAGUACAUGGAGCAAGUGUCGGCGUUUCUAUGUAAGAAAAAGGAAGAGCCCCCCCGUACAGACAACAUCCAAGUCAACACUCCAAACAUGGUGCAGGAGACAUCUGAGCCCAUCCAGACAUCACCUGAGGGGGCCGAGGGAACACCGAUAGAUGGAGAAGGCCUCCUGGUGGACGAGUCUACAUUCCAGACACUGAGUCCACUAAGAAUCAUAAUGGAAAACAGCCAACCCAGCCAGAGUUUCACUCAGACACCAGCUACCCUGAGAGCUGAGACAGAAGCCCCAAAGGAGGAGAAGAUGGACGACUCAGCUGCUGUACCAGGGCGACCUGUGGCAAAGCAGGUGGAACAGACACAAAAGGAGGAAAAGCUACAGGAGGAACAGACACAAAAGGAGUAUUUGGAGAGUAAGCUUCAGGAGAGAAACCAUAAAGACCUGGAAAAUGUUAAGAUGCUGACACAGGAGGUGAACACCCUGCAGGCAGAGAGCAUGAACAGUGAAUCAAGGGACAGGGGUCAUAGAGUGGAGAUAAAAGAGCUCCAAAAUAUUGUUGAAUCUCUGAAAAAACAGCUACAGGAUGACCAGAAAGAAAAGGAAGAAUUGAAGAGAAGGCUUCAAGAGAGAAACCAUGAACACGUGGAACAAAUUGAGAGGCUGACGCAGAAGGUGGACGCCCUGCAGGCAGAGUGCUCGAGCAGUGAACGAAGGGAAAGUGGUCAUAAAUGGGAGAUGCAAAAGCUCCAAGAUCGUGUUGAAUCCCUGAAAAAACUGCUACAGGAAGAACAGACACAAAAGGAGUAUUUGGAGAGUAAGCUUCAGGAGAGAAACCAGAAAGACCUGGAAAAUGUUAAGAUGCUGACACAGGAGGUGAACACCCUGCAGGCAGAGAGCAUGAACAGUGAAUCAAGGGACAGGGGUCAUAGAGUGGAGAUAAAAGAGCUCCAAAAUAUUGUUGAAUCUCUGAAAAAACAGCUACAGGAUGACCAGAAAGAAAAGGAGGAAUUGAAGAGUAAGCUUCAAAAGACACACCAUGAAAACCUGGAAAAUGUUAAGAGGCUGGAGCAGGAGUUGAAGGUCCUGGAGGAAGAGUCCUCGAUCAGAGAAUUAAGGGAAGAGGGACAUAACAUGGAGAUGCAAGAGCUCCAAGAUCGUGUUCAAUCCCUGGAAAAACAGCUACAGGCUGAACAGCUGAGAGCUGACGAAAACCAAAAAGAACAGAGGGAAUUGAAGAGUACGCUUCAAGAGAAAGACAGACAAGACCUGGAACAAGUUAAGAGACUGGAGCAAAAGCUGAGGGUCCUGUACGAAGAGCGCUCCAACAGAGAAUCAAGGGAAAUGCGGCAUAACACGGAGAAGCAAGAGCUCAGAGGUAUUGUAGCAUCUCAAAACAACAUGCUACAGUCUGAGGUGUUAAGGGGUAAGAACUUGCAGGCACAACUGGAUGAGGAAAGACAUCUGCACCAUGAAGUGUUCUACAAAGCUUGUAAUCAGAUUGAGAGUCUGAACAGAAAAGUAGCUCAUCUGCAGCAGGAGCUCAAGGAGCAGCAGGAAGAGACCCGAAGUAAAGAAACGGACUUUAAGAACCAGCUGCAAGAAAAGACCAGAAGCUACAUGGAGAUGGCCUCCAAACUAAAGGAUCAGGAGGAGUACAUGGAGCAAGUGUCGGCGUUUCUAUGUAAGAAAAAGGAAGAGCCCCCCCGUACAGACAACAUCCAAGUCAACACUCCAAACAUGGUGCAGGAGACAUCUGAGCCCAUCCAGACAUCACCUGAGGGGGCCGAGGGAACACCGAAGAUGGAGAAGGCCUCCUGGUGGACGAGGUUAAAAAAGGGUGUGACUCGUCACAGGCGCCACAAAUAAAAACAUCAGAGUCAGUAAGGGUUUUCUCCGGGAACCUCCGGUUUCAUCCCAUCAUAGACAUUUUGAAAGAACUUUAUUCAGCAUAGAUUAUUAAAAAUGUCAAUAAAAAAAAUAAAAAUAAAACUAUAAGUCUUUGCAUUCAAA